AUGAAUGAUGUCACCACUCUCAGAGAGGAUGAGUUCCGAAGUCUUAUGAAGAAGUACAGGGACUUACGGCGUGAGCUUAAAAAGAGGUCCCCGUAUAAGUCUGAUGUCGAUGAGAAUGGAGUCUUCGAAAUGAACUCCUCCUCUACUACAACAAGUACAACCGAAUCAGCAUGUGUCAGCACCUCGCAUCGGCAAAGUUAUGGCCAUUUUCGUAUUCGGAGUCUUCCAAAGAACUGUAGACGGGCAAAGGGACAUUCAUUAAGGAACGGUAAAAAAUCCUCCAAAAUAGAAUCUUUGACUCAGCAGAGACGUCAACGACAUGGCCGUCGUAAGGAUGAUCAUGGGAGUUCAACCUCCAGAGAUAACUCGAACCCAUGUCGCUCUUACAAGUAUAGACAUUGGUUGCCAAUAUCCCAAUAUGCUGGUUAUCCGCCUCCUCCGCAGCCCUAUCCAAGCUAUGCCUAUCCUUCCUUCCCAUAUUAUCCGCCUCCUCCGCCACCACCAGCUCUCCCACACCCUAAUUACAUGGCGCCACCGCCAAUGCUAAUUGACCCCUGGACUUGCAGACACUGUUGCACAUCGAGACGCUAUCGACGACACAAAUCUCGGAAUUCCAGCAUGCGGCAUCAGAGACCCACAACUCGCAAACACAAAUUAAAAAAAGAACUGAGAAAAUGCAAAGAAGUUGAAAUCAGUGCCAAUCAGAGCCGAGAGAGAAAUGUGCUGCACAAUGAAGAUAGUACUCUAAGCAUCCGAACUUCAAAAGCUUUCCUCGGACCUCCGGUGACAGCAUGCUAUCAGACAACCAGCAACGCACCACUAUCACACCCUCCUCAGAUCGCCACACCAACCGUUUCCGAUACAUCUAUGCAGCCUCCACAAAGCUCUCUCCCUCGUCCACUCUCGCCCCUACAUCAGUCAAACAAUGUACCACGGGGAAUUUACACUCUGCCCGAAGCAGGUGGACCCUCCUUCAAUCCUUUUAAGGGUCACAGCCUCCCAAACGAACCAUCAGGUCUCGUUGAAACACGACUGGCUACCGUGUCGCCACCGACAAAGACCGAUCCAUCACCCUCAGCCGCAUUCUCCGGUGCCGUGUAUGGCGCAAGCAAAAUCCAUUCCAUUCACGAUAAUCAGUCAAGAUCAACAGCUUCAGCUCAAAUGCCUUUGUCCUCUGCAUCAAUACCAAAAAACCCAGGUGUUCAAUCUCAAACUGUUCAGGGACCUUCACAACCGCCUAAUCGCCGUGCUGUGUAUCAAAAUGCACCACCACGACAGCCGCUAAGUGAUGUCAUGGCUCCAAGUCCAGGUGAGCCGAAUCCUAGCUGUGCCGCCCCUCGACCCCUUCCCCCAAAGCCCGGAGCCAAGGUUGACGGCCCCCAGGUGACCUCGACUGGUGAUAAAUAUGGUCUCUUUCGGAUGCCCACAUCUGAGGCGGAAUAUAUUAGCUGCGAAAAACGCUUUGACUGGUUGCAAUCAGAAAAGACACACUUAGAAAAUUCAUUGAACAAGCUGACUAUGGAGAGCGCCAGUGGAGCUAGUGGAAGGAAACAUCCUUUAGGAUCCAAGACAUCAAUGGAAGAGAACCUGAAUAAAAAGACAACCGACAAACACUGA